CUUUUUCUUCUUCCCUCUUCUCUUCCUUGUUGCGUAUGGAGAAGGGAGAAGAGGUGUUUUGUAUGAAAAGUCAGCGACUCUCUUUCUCUCUCUUCAAAGCCGCUCUCUUUGUUUGUUUAUGAGAAGAACAUGACUUCCAAUUAGCUUCACAGCCUCUUUGCCUUUUGCUUCCCCAGCAGAAAUCUUCUCCCCCAAAGGUGUCUCAUAGCUUAUCCAAGCACCAAAUUCACAUACCAAAGUGCAUGUCUUUCACGUCUGUUCGGUAUAACAGGUGCCAAACUCUGGUCAAAUGAUAUUGGUUUUGUGUUCCUUCAGCUGGUUUCCCAUAUAAAAAAAGUAUGUGCAGUUACUUUAGGCAAAGGAUGGAGAAUUAUCAAGGAGAUUUGGCUGACAUAGUUCGAGCUAGCGGCAGCGGUGGGGCGCGCACCUCCGAUGAGCCUGUUGCUGACUGGCAAUUUCCAAGCGAGCCCAUGAUUUUUUCGCCGGUGGUAGAUGAACCCUUGGAUGACUUUGGCGAUCCCUUCUCAAAUAUGCGAGAUCCGCUUCUUCAUGAGCUUGGCAUAGCUGGUUCAGGCUUCUUCGGCAGCUCAAAUUCAAGUGAGCUUACACAAACCAGUGGGGAGGACAUAAGUAGCAACCUUGUUGGAGGCGGCGGUAUGUUUGGUCAGAAAAUUCUUGACGAGGAUAUGAAAAGGCCUUGCAAUAUCUUCUCAAGGAUGCUUCAGAUCUCGCCCAAUGCUAGGAUGCCGAUCUCUCCAUGCGAGUCCCAGAUAGUUGCAGCUUCGCCGACGGGAAUUAAGACUUCCACCUUGGCUCCUAAUGACAUGAUUAGUGGCAACAGCUCCAAAGGUUGCUUGAUGGACAGCACCGCUUUGCAGAUCUCGUCUCCACGAAAUCCGGGUAUCAAGAGAAGGAAGAGCCAGGCAAAGAAGGUGGUUUGUAUUCCAGCUCCAGCAGCGGCAAACAGCAGGCCAAGUGGAGAAGUAGUUCCAUCUGAUCUCUGGGCGUGGAGGAAGUACGGUCAGAAGCCCAUCAAAGGUUCUCCUUACCCAAGGGGCUAUUACAGAUGCAGUAGCUCAAAGGGUUGCUCGGCCAGGAAACAAGUGGAACGAAGCCGAACUGAUCCAAACAUGUUGGUCAUCACCUACACUUCUGAACACAAUCAUCCAUGGCCAACGCAGAGAAAUGCCCUUGCAGGCUCAACCAGAUCUCAGCCAUCAAAAAACAAUGGAGCUUCAAAGAACUCGGGGAGCUGUCAGUCGACCCAGAAGGCAACAGGGUUGAAGGAAGAAAACAAAGAGAGCUAUAACAACGAUGACAUGUCUCCUAUUGUUGGUGGGAGUUCCACAAUAGGUGCGUCUGUGAAAGAGGAGAUGGGAAACGUUGAGAAGCAGCUAGAGAUGGAUGAUAGUGAAUUCAGCGAAGGGUUUCCAAGAAGCUACAAGCCUGCAAUGCCGGACUCCAACCAGUCGGAGGACUUCUUCGCAGAUUUAGGAGAAAUAGAGGCUGACCCUCUAAAUCUAUUGUUCGCACAGGGAUUCUCAUCAGGAGAUCAUGAAGAGAGAGAAAGCAAGGCCUUGGAUCCAUUCAGCCUGUUUGAUUGGACAGGGAACAACAGCAAUACAUCAUUUGGAGAAGAUAAGAGGGGUUUAUAACAAAAGACCUAUAGCUUGAAACAAAACUCAGCCCCUGCUAAAAAAAUACUCUUUAGUUAGUUUGUGGUGCAAUUUCAUUCAA